AUUUUAAAAUAGUAAUCAUUAAUAAAAGUUGAAUAUAAUUUACCUUAAAUGUCUGGGAACAAUGAUGAAGCAUUCCAUCGUACUGGAUCAUUUCGUCGGGUAUUACCUCCAGGCAAUGAUACUACCGGUAUAAGUGGUAUAGCAGUAAAAUCAACCAAUACCAAUAACUCCUAUAUAAAUGCAAAUUAUAUUCCUUUUUUUCUUGAGUAUACCCUCAUGUCUGAAUUUAAUAUUUUGAGCAAAAAAUUAAUUCCAGGAGUAUAUGUUAUACCAGCUGAUAAAACUCCAUUCAUAUGGUAUGGAGUAAUUUUCCCGAGGUACGGGCUUUAUAAAAAUGGAGUUUUUCGUUUUCGUUUACUUAUAGACAGUCAUUGGCCAAAUUGCGAUUGUCCCAAAGUGAUAUUUGAGACACCUCUAUUUCAUCCAUUGGUCAAUCCAACCACUGGGGAAAUGAGUAUUCAAUAUCAUUUUCCAGAAUGGAAAAAAGGAGUUAGUCGUAUUUGGCAUGUAAUAGAUCAUGUAUCAAAAUCUUUUUAUGAUAUACCUAGAACUAAAACUCCUGAAAAUCCAGAAGCUGCUGAAUUAUUAAAAACAGAUAAUGAGAAGUAUAUGAAAAAAUGUGAAGAAUGUGUAGAACACAGUCAAGUUGAUAUAUAUAAGCAACCAAAACAUUCAGAGAUUGAUCCAAAUUAUUUGUUAUUCGAUAUUUAUGAUGAAGAAAUUCAUGGAACAAUAAGACGUUCAUGGCUUCAACAAAAAGAAAAUGACAACAAGACUCAACAUUUAUCUUGGGUACAACCUGGAUCAUUAGAACCAUUUUCUCGGCCAAAUACGUAAAAAUUAAACUUUUAAAUCUAAUAAAAAUCAACAAAAGUAUUAAUAUUUGUAAAAUUAGAUAUAAUUGUACAUUUGUACAAACUAUAGUAUUAAUAUUUUAAUUAAAUGAGGUACAUAAUAAAUGUCUUAAGUUAUUUUCUACUUCACAAAUGUAUUAUAACUAUUCAAAUCAUUGGAGACUUAGGUAUCUUUUAAGAUCACAAGAUGAUUGUAUUAAGUAUUCGAUUUUAAAAAGAUAUUAAAAAUGUUAACAAUUAAUAAGUAAUUAAUACAAGAAAUAAAAUACAGAUCUAGGAAAAAAAGAGCCCCAGAAAAAAGCCAUGCUAUCAAAGUACAGUAAAAAAACUGAAAAGCCUCGAACCAACUAAAUACAUUAUUCUUUUUUAUUUUUAUUUGAAUAAUUAAAUAUAAUCAUAAUAUAAUCAUUACAUUUGUCCAUAUAACACUUCUUUAACAUAUCCAUAACUAUAAAUAUAAUAUUAAAAAAUACUAGUUUAAUAAUUUGAAUAAACUUUUAUAGUUUUAUGUCAUUAUAAUAUUUCAUGAGCUAAUACACCUAACAUUAAUCAAUUAAUGUUAAUUGUUUUUUAUUAAUGAUUAAAUUAUUCUUAUUUUAAUUAAAAAUAAUCACAGCAAUAACUAUAUGAACAAAAAACUCGCAUUUUUAGUACUAAAAUGUUGUAGAUACUAAGAUAAGAGUUUACAAUAAUUAAUAAAAUAUAAUACCUUCAUCAUUAUUAAGAUAAAAUCAUAUGUCAAUUACUUGUAUUACUAUAUACUUUAAUCUCUUAUAUUUCAAGUGUAUGUUUAUACAUGAAUACCUUUAUACCUAAUAGUUUAAAAUAUUGGGUUUAUUAUUUUAUUAAAUAUUAUUAUGGUAUAAAAGUAUAUAUAAAUUAUAUAAUAUAUUAUAUAUGGUUAUAGAUCCCUAUAUCAAAAAAGUAUGGAUAAAUAAUGAUACAUUGUUUAAAAAUUAAAAAUAAUAAAAUGUACACUAUAGUAAAAAUGUGUUAUGUAUUUAGUUGGUAUGGGGGCUUUUUUUUCCUAUAAGCGAGGCUUUUUGUAUUUUGAUAUUAGGGCUUUUUUUCGAAUACCAAAAUAUGCUAUUAUAUUGUUAUCUUUAACUUACUGUGGUAAUUAACAAAAUUUGGUACUACAUGUGCUACGUAAAUCAUUCAAAUUUGCUCAUAUUUAUCAUUAUAUAGUGAAAAUACUAAAUGUGAAUUUUUAAGUGUUUAAAAUUAUUUAAAUGUUUUAAAAAUUAAUAUUUUUUUAGAAGCUUAAUUAAUUAAUAAUAUGAUAUAGUUAUGUAGUAAUUACAUAUGACAAAUACAUGUAUAUUCUAUAUAUACAUAUAUAUAAAUAUAUAUAUAUAUAUGUUUAUUUUAUAUUAACAUAAUAUAUAUCCAUAUUGGAACUAUAGGGCUACAGAUAUUUGACUUGCAUGUAGGCCUAUAGUUUGAUCGUUAUUCAUUAUUGUUUAUUUAGUAUAAAAAAAACAUAAUAGUAGUCUUUAUUCAAACACAAAAACAAAUUUUAAACAUUUGAAUUAAUUUUCAAGUACAUUAAAUCCCAAACUUACAUUACUAAUAUACUAUAAUUGAGUUGUGCACAUUUUCAUUCAUUACAAAUAAUAUACCUAGUUGUUAUUUGAUAAUA